AUGAAACUUGGCACUUUCAUCACCCAUGUGCUGGCAGCCGCUGCCACGCUAGGCGUAUACGCUAUACCGACUCAACGACGUCCUGUUUCGGAAACUGGCGGAGGGUUGAAGGUUGCAAACCUGUCAAAUGGUCUGCCGGAAGAUGUACAGACCCUACGGCGGAGGUACGAGUCUCCGGAAGCAGUAAGACCAGAUUGGCCCGACUGUCCCGAGUUCAACAAGGGGAGCUUCGACAUCAAGUAUCCCAAACUGUAUCCAACCAGUGCCGCCUGGGACGGCAACCAAUGCGUGCUAUUCAUUGGUUCACAGGCGGCGCCCGAGGUAAUUGUCUACGACCCCUACAACGGCCAUGUCGUCCGCGUUGUCGAAAUCCCAGACAUUGCCCACAACACAGAUUACUACAUCUCAAGCGUCCACUGGGACUUUUACACGGGCCUCUGGACCUUUCUCGCCACCAGCCGCCGCGCGGAGGAGUCGGGCAACAACCAUGUCAUCAAGUACGACGUAUACAAGAACGCAUUUAUCUGGAAGGUCAACCUGAAAGCCUUAACCAGCAAGGUCGGCGGCUGUUACGGCCUCGAGACUGACUUCGAAGGCAACACCUACGUCGCCUGCACCGACGGUAACACCAUCAUCCGCAUUUUAUUCGAUGGCCAGUUCCCCAAGACUUGGUGGCCAGAACACAUAGACCCCAUAGAUCGGGCCAUCCGCGGCCUAGCCGCCAUCCCUGACUCCAGCCGGCUCCUCACCCACAACGGGGAGGGCCUCAUCGGCGCUUUGGACAUGACCAUGGAGUUCGGCCAGCGGCUGCCUGAUUGGCUGGCCAACACAAACAUGAUGAUCCCUGACGUUCAGGGCAUCACGCUUCCGCCAAAGUACAAGAGCCACGUUUGCCUGUUGACCUCCCCCACACAGGGCGUCCAGGUCGUCGAGGCCAUGGGAUGGCUGUGGCAGACGGAAGACUACUUGAACCACCGUCAUGCGGUUCAGCACACCUUUACCGUGAUUCCUCCGCCGCCUGCCAUCGCGGCCGAGAAUGGAUAUCCGUCCGACACGGUGCAGGUCGGGUCUAACAGUAUUUUCACACUUUUUGAGUACAAGGACGGGCACAAGAAUGGGGACGAGAGUGUCUGGCAUUUUGAAGAUAUUACGCAGGCGAUUGAGCAAAAUCUGGCCCUGCUGCAUGGCCCUAAUGGGUUUACGGGCUGGAACGAUCCGAUGAUUUGGCCGGAUGCUGAUGAGAUUCGUUUGAAGACGGACCUGCCGGAGGGAUGGCAUUUGAAUCGCGGCACAUAG